GCAUCAUCACAAUGAGUUGGAGUAGCCAGAAAUCGAUAUGACAAAUAUGGAUGUAUGUAGAGACCUCAAAAGGCAAUGUUCUAGAUGAGAAUAAACUGGUUUUGAAGGUACAUUCAUAUCACGACCCCGAGUCUAAAGAGGUGACGUAGAAGAUCCUACCGAAGCUUCCGAACAUGCUGGAACACAUAAUACUCCAAAAAUCCUCAUAUUAAUACCUACAAUGCAUUUCGCAUUGCCCUCCCAGACCUAUCACUGUUAUUAUUCUUUUCUCUUUUCCGACCAGACAGCAAAAUGACUGGCACACUUUUCGAACCGCUUAACAUUGGGCACUGCCAGCUUCAGCACCGAGUUGUCAUGGCACCCAUGACCCGAUUCCGCACCGACUCAGACCACAGUCCACUGCCCAUCGCCAAAGAAUACUACACCCAACGAUCACACACCCCCGGUACACUGAUCAUCAGCGAGGGCACCGCCGUGUCCGAGGCGCUCGCCGGGCUCCCUCGAUGGGCGGGCUGUUGGAGCGAAACCCAGCUGCAAAAGUGGAAAGACAUCACCCAAGACGUUCAUUCCCACGGCUGCUACAUCUUUCUGCAGCUCUGCUGUGCAGGUCGCACUGCUGACAAGGGGUUCCCGAAACUAUCGUCGGGCAGCAUCCCCCUCGCGGCCAACGCCAGCGCCAUUUCGACCGAAGACGACAACAGAAACCCCAAGCCGAUGAGCGAGGAGGAAAUCACAGGCGCCAUCCGCGAUCACGCCACGGCCGCUCGCAACGCCAUCGCCGCCGGCUUCGAUGGAGUGGAGCUUCACGGCGCGAACGGCUACCUCAUCGACCAGUUCAUCCAGGAGUCGUGUAAUAACAGGACGGACAAGUGGGGGGGUUCGGUCGAGAAACGAUCCCGCUUUGCCCUGGAGGUCACUGCCGCUGUCGUCGAUGCUGUUGGGGGAGAUCGGGUUGGUUUCCGAAUCAGUCCCUGGAGCACAUACCACUCCAUCGAGCCCCGAAAUCCAGAGGCUCAAUUCACUCACCUGGUCACCGAGUUGCGGAAGUUGAACCUGGCUUACCAUCACAUCCCGCGUGGACAACUGGUAUGACGUGGACCGUGUCAAGCCCCUCGAUUUUGUCUUUGAUAGCUGGAGAAACGACAAACCAGUCAUCAUUACCGGCGGUUUUGAUGGAGAAUCGGCAGCGCACGCCGUGGAGGAGCGAAAGGACUUCAAGGUCGCGAUUGGGUUUGGCCGGUCCUUUGCUUCGACGCCAGAUCUGGUGGCCUGCAUCAAGAAGAACAUCGCUCCAAAUCCUUUUAAUGGCGAUCUGGCCUAUACACCCGCCACCCCAGAGGGAUACAUCGACUAUCCUUUUCUUUCAUAAAUAUCCG